CGACCGAAGGAGAAACGGAAUGCAUAUUUUUACCCUUAUGUUUGUUCUGUUUUUCACUUCUUAUUUUCUUCGGAUUGAAAUUUCGGAUUGAAAUUUUAGUGUGCCAUUGUGAGAGGAUUUUCUUCAUGGUUAAUAGUACUUGAAGAUCACUCACUCUGGUCUGUUUUGGUUGAUAUCUGGACUUCUGGAGUACAAGUUGGCUGUGAUCCACGAUGACGGAACGGAAGGUUUUGAAUAAAUAUUAUCCACCGGAUUUUGAUCCAUCAAAGUUACCGCGACUGCGUCUCCAGAAGAACCGCCAGUUCAAUGUGCGCAUUAUGGCGCCUUGCAACAUGAAGUGCAAUACGUGUGGAGAGUACAUCUACAAAGGCAAGAAAUUUAACUCCAGACAAGAAACCGUGGAUGGAGAAAGCUACUUGGGCCUGCGCAUUUAUCGGUUUUAUAUAAAAUGUCCGCGAUGUAUGUCGGAAAUCACUUUCAAGACAAACCUGGAAGAAAUGGAUUACGAAUUGGAGCAUGGUGCAACGAGGAACUUUCAAGCUGUUCGUCUGGCAGAACAACAGGCCGAGAAGGUGGAAGAAGCGCGCAUUGAAGAGGAGAAGUCAAAUCCCAUGGUGGCACUGGAACGGCGGACACAGGAUUCCAGAUUUGAAAUGGACCGGCUCGAAGCUCUGGAGGAACUGAAGGACCUCAACACCCGCCAGGCAAACAUCAACUACGAUGAAGUAAUUAAAAUGACUGUGGAAAAAGAAAUGCAGGAACUAAAGCGACAGGAAGACGAAGAUGAAGCGUUUAUAAAAUCUAUUUUCUCCAACAACAACGAUUCCAACACCAUUAAGCGCCUUCAUGAUUCCGAUAGUUCCGAUGAGGAGGAGUAUGAUCUGAAGAAAAUGCCAGUUCUUCCUAGUUCAAAUGUGGAUCCCCUUACAUCGGAUUCGUCGAUAGCAAAAAAGCCGAAAACUGAUAAGGAUUUACCGUCUUGGGAAAAAAGUGUGGGAAGUCUGCGGAUGGGAAAGGGAUUUGCUGGGAUUGUUAUAAAACCUAAACAACCAACAGAAACUGGGAAUCCACCCACCGCUUCCCCCAGUCAAUUAACGCGUGUUACGGCGACAUCAGCAGCCGUUGCGUCUUCAUCCAGUGGCAAGCCUCAAAGUGCGAAAGCCAGUUUAUGUGUUCUCGCCCAAUACGGAAGUUCCAGCGAGGAGGAAUAGAUUUCACCUUAUUAUGAUUGGCUGCAUAUGCACAGUACAUGGCACUGUAAAGUCGUUUUUAAUCAACAUUUUAUUGCUUAAACUAUUUUAUUGAACAGUUUUAGAAGCGUCAUUCUGGAAAGAAAUGCAAUAAAGCGAGAACCUGUAUGUAUUUAAGUGCAAGUUUUCCUCAAU